GUUGAGAUUGCUAAACAAUCUGUCACUGUUAAAACCAUGUUAGAAGAUUUGGGUAUGGAUGAGGAUGAAGAUGAACCUAUUCCACUACCUAAUGUUAAUGCUGCUAUAUUAAAGAAGGUAAUUCAAUGGUGUACCUUCCAUCGGGAUGACCCUCCACCACCUGAAGAUGAUGAAAACAAAGAAAAAAGAACAGAUGAUGUUUGCUCCUGGAAUACAGAAUUUCUUAAAGUUGACCAGGGCACCUUGUUUGAGUUGAUUUUGGCUGCCAACUACUUAGAUAUCAAAGGCUUGCUUGGUGUAAUAAACUAUUAG